UAGAUAUACAUAUUUUUAAAGUGAAAAGGCAGAUUUACUUAAAAAUCUUAAAUUAUAACACAAUAAUUUGAAUGCGUGAACAGUGAUUGUGCUUACGCGUAUGGCCAUAUGUGUGUAUCAAUAUUACAACGAAAAAAGUAUAUGCAACCUUAAAGUUAUUUGUAUGCCUACAAAUGCAGGUGUACUCUGAAAGUUAAAUUUUACACUGACUCGCCGGCUAUAAAUAUUUGUUGUAUAAAAUGUUGUAGUAGCAUAUGUGUAUUAAAAUAAAGAAACAUUAAUCAAGUCAAAAAUAUGUUCGGGAGUAUCUAAAAAGUGCGUUAAAAAAAAUACAGAAUACUCCAUUAAUCGGAAUUUGUAUAAAAGAAAAACCAUAAUAUGGAGGAUGAAAAUCAGCCAAUGGUUCCGGUUCCAACAAUAAUUAAAAAUGAAGAAAUACAGAAUGCAUGUUCGAGCUCAAAUGCUAUUAAUUAUGAAUCACCUAUAAUGUUGUUAAGUGAUUCAGAUGUGACUUCAACCAAACAAGCUUUCGAUCCUAGGGAGAGAAUUAGUGAAAUGUCCACAGUAUUAAACUCUAACAUUAAUGAUGAAUGUGUCACUGCAUCAGCAUCAAAUGAUUUGAAACAAACUUCAGUUGUUUCACCCCAUGGACAUAAACGUAAAAAUGCGGUAUCGAAGGAUGAAAGUACAAGCAAUAAAAAAGGCUUGAUGACAACAGCCGAAGAAAAAAAAACGAAUUAUCUCAGGAGAAAUAUAAGAGAUGUGAUGAAUGAAAACAAUUUAGAUACAACAACUCUAGCGGCUCAAAGAGAGGAGUCCGAACGUUUAGCUCGAGUUGCCGGACAGCAAAAAUCAAUGCGUGAAAUAAGAAAACAAGAAGUUCACAAAAAUAUUUUUCGCAUUUUAAAUUUUGAGGACUCAAAUCAAGUUAACUGUGGCUCCCAACCAACCCCCCCUUUUAUGAAUACUAGUAAUAGUGUUGGCCUACCCGACGAUGACUUGGCUUCAGUAACUUGUGAUGAAUCAAAUAGUAGUUUAAGUUGCAGUAUUGAGGAUGUACUAGAUAAAGAAACUUGUACCGAACCCUCAAAUGAAGUAGUUACAAUUGACGAUAGUUCAGAUGACGAUUGUAUAUUACUGUCGGAAGAAGAGGAUGAUUUGAUUGAAAGUGACGAUGCAACAAACAGUGGCAUGCAUGUCAAAGAUCUGUAUAAUAUUCCUGAUGAAAAUGGCCGUGUAGUUGUAAAUAUUGCGCAUCCUGAAGGAGAAGAAACAUUGUAUUUAGCUCCUCAGAUAGCUAAAGUUAUAAAACCCCAUCAAAUUGGCGGAGUACGAUUUUUAUAUGACAAUAUAAUUGAAUCUACACGAAGAUUUAAAAAAUCGAGCGGAUUUGGAUGUAUACUUGCGCAUUCAAUGGGACUAGGCAAAACUCUACAAGUUGUUUCCUUCUGUGAUAUAUUUUUAAGGCACACAUCCGCAAAGACGGUUUUAUGCGUAAUGCCAAUUAAUACAUUACAAAAUUGGUUAAGUGAAUUUAACAUGUGGAUUCCUCGCCAAUCUGCAGAUUUAAACGUGCGUCCCCGAAAUUUUGACAUUUUUGUACUAAACGAUCAACAAAAGAACCUUACUGCUCGAGCAAAGGUUAUUUUAAAUUGGGUGCACAAAGGGGGGGUACUUUUGAUCGGAUAUGAAUUAUUCCGAUUAUUGGCAUUAAAACUAGUUUCUACACGUAAGAAAAGAGGCAACAAAAACUCGCAAAUAAAUGAUAUGCACGAUUCUAGCAAAGAUCUAAUGAAUUUGGUGUAUGAAGCUUUGGUAAAACCUGGACCGGAUUUAGUAAUUUGCGAUGAAGGCCACCGAAUAAAAAAUUCCCAUGCUGGUAUAUCCCUUGCCUUAAAGCAAAUACGAACUCGUCGACGUAUAGUUUUAACCGGAUAUCCCUUGCAAAACAACUUGUUGGAAUACUGGUGUAUGGUGGAUUUUGUACGACCUAAUUAUUUGGGAACAAGAACAGAGUUUUGUAACAUGUUUGAGAGACCUAUACAAAAUGGUCAAUGUGUGGACUCAACACCGGAUGAUAUAAAGCUAAUGAGAUACAGGGCUCACGUUCUUCAUUCUCUACUUUUGGGUUUUGUUCAACGGCGCUCACAUACUGUGUUACAAUGCACUCUGCCACCAAAAUUAGAAUAUGUUAUUCUGGUUCGAAUGACUCCAUUUCAACGGAAACUUUACGAUACCUUUAUGACCGAUGUGGUGAGAAAAAAAGCAUUUCCUAAUCCAUUAAAAGCAUUUGCUGUGUGUUGUAAGAUUUGGAAUCAUCCGGAUGUUUUAUAUAACUUUCUUAAAAAAUGUGAGACUGAUUUAGAUUUAGAAAUUGAAAUAGAAGAAUCUACUAAGAGCACUACAAGCCCAGUCAUCGAUUCAAAUUUUUGCGCAACCGAUAAAGUUGAACCAAUAAUCGCUCAACAAACUAAGAAUGGAGCCUAUGACCGUGUACCUUCAAGCUCGGAUAUAAAUAAAAUCUACUCUAAUAAAAGUUGUGGCAAUUACUGUACGGACAAAGAGGAUCAACUUAAUUUUGGAACUUACAGCUCCGAAGGGAAAGGCAAUUAUUGGUUGGAUUCCAGUAUACCGUCUAAACCGAGUUAUAUUGAAGUUAUAAAACAAACUGAUUCGAGCAUGGCAAAAGAAUUUGAAACUAUUACUGGCUCCUCCGAAAUAGUCGACCUUGAUACAAAUGAAAUAAAAACAGUUGAAAGGAAUAUUCACCCAACUCCACUUAAUCAACAGCAAAAUGUUGAAGGAGCUAAAAUAAAUUCAAGUGAAAAUAACAAUUCAAGUAAACAGAGCAUUGGCAAUAUAAUAAAUGACACAAAUAGAAAAACAAUUAAGCCUAAAAGAAAUGAAGAGUUUUCAUGCUCUUGGGCGCUGGACAUUAUGAAAAACUACAUAUCUGGUCAAAUAUCAAGUUCACCAAAAAUGGAAAUAUUUUUCUGCAUCAUGAAAGAGAGCAUAUUUCAAGGUGAUCGAAUAUUGUUAUUCAGCCAAAGCCUGUUGACAUUAAAUCUAAUUGAAGGGUUCCUUAAAUCAAGUUAUGUACCAUGCAGUACAAACUUUUGGAUGCGAAACAGUUCUUAUUUUCGCUUAGAUGGCUCGACUUCAUCGCAAGAAAGAGAAAGGCUCGUCAAUGAAUUUAACGCAAAUCGUAAUAUUAAACUGUUCCUAAUCUCUACAAGAGCGGGAUCCUUGGGUAUUAACUUGACUGGCGCCAAUCGAGUUAUAAUAUUUGAUGCCAGUUGGAAUCCUUGCCAUGACACUCAAGCAGUAUACAGAAUUUAUAGGUAUGGGCAAACAAAGCCGUGUUAUGUGUACAGAAUUGUAAUGGAUAAAUGCCUAGAAAAAAAAAUAUAUGACAGACAAAUUAAAAAGCAAGGAAUGUCUGAUAGAAUUGUUGAUGAGUGCAAUCCGGAGGCGCAUUUGUCUAUGAGAGAUAUAACAAAUCUGUGUCACGAUUACAGCUCAGAUGGUGAUCCUAUUGACAGUGACGGUCAGAAGUCUAAUGAACCAACUACUCAAAAUAAUGAUAUCGAUAAGCUUUCUACGGCAGAUAAAAAAAAAGAUGAAAAAUUUCUUCCAACAACGAGUCAUAUGGAUCCAAUUGUUAAUAAAAUUGUUGAAUUCCAUGCGAACUGUAUAACAAGAGAUCCUUUUCUGCAUGAAAGCUUAUUAGUUGAUCAAAAAGAUAGGAAGCUAUCACAAGCUGAAAAAAGACAGGCCCAUAGAAGCUAUGAACUUGAAAAGAAAGCGUCUGUUAAUCAAAAAUUUGCAUACGCCUCAGGAAAAAUGCAGUACAAAAUUUUAAACUCUGAUGGUACUAUUAUCACGCGACCAGUGGCUUCGAUAAAACCGAUACAGACCAAAAAAAAUAACCCUGUUAGUGGAGGUCGAUCGACCCGUUGGAUACCUGCCGAAGUGUGGCAAAGACAAGGAAUGACUGCUCAAGAAAUGACGUUACCCCUUGAUGUUGUCAUACCUACUAAUUCAUCGGAAAAAUCGAAUAUAAUACUCAAGGCCGGCCAAAGAGUUAUGGUGUUAAAAUCAGCGAAAGGAAUAUAUAUGCAAUUAGAUAGUGGAAAAAUUAUCGCAAUCAGAACAACAUCCAAGCGCGCAGAUGAAGAAAAAACCAACAAAGAAGACGUUAUUGACAUAACAUCAGACUGCGAUACGGAUGUUGCAAAACCUACAACGCCAGAGCAAGAGAAACCCGUGGAAACAUCAACUGCGCGAAAAACAAAUGAUGUCAAUAACACGGAGUGUUUACCAGUCGAACCGUCUGAUCCACCCUUAACUAGAACAGGCGUCUUAGAUGAUCUACAGCAAAAUAAAACUCAAAUUUUGCAAAAUAAUAAUGAAAUUGAAAGUUUAAACAGCAUGCCAGCAAGUCUGCACCAGAUGCAUAAUGACUUGGAGUACCAUAAGCAGCAACCGUACAAGCAUGAAGCACAGUUACCUAUUGUCGAACCUUAUAGUAGUUCUGCUAAUAUUCAGUCGAGUGCAAUACAUCAACCGCCUGUAGCUUCUAAUAACGAUUUGCCGGAAGAAUCAUAUUUUUCAAGUAAAAAUGUUCCACACACGUUCACACCCCAAUAUUAUAAUUACUACGACAAUAAGAAUACACCCUCAACAGCCAACUAUCACAUUAAUAAUUAUGCCCCUUAUGGACAUUUUAAUUUCGCUCCCUACCAUUCCAAUUUCCAUUCACCUGCUGGGUAUAGCGGUAGUUCCGGAUCAUAUAUUAACUCAAAUGUCUUUCCUAGACAACCCUGGAAUUCAGUUGGAAGCCACCAAUCAAAUAACGAAUCAAUUCGUCAACAACAAUAUAUGGGAAGUCCUUAUUCAAUUAACGAAUGGUCUUCUCAAUAAUCAAAGUAAUUUAGUUAUAGUUUUUUCUUUAAAUUACUUUUGACUUAUUUAUUUAUUAGGCUAGAAAAAUCUCUGAAAAGUAGCGGUAAAUACCAAAUAAGAACAGAUUGUCAUUCCACACAGCUAAAAUGUAUAUCCACUAAAUAAACUUAGUAAAUAUAUAUGUAAA